GUGAUUGUGAAUUAUGUUGACAUUUUUGUUCUGCGGUGAUGUAUUAUAGAAUCAGCAAUUCAGCAUAUUGGGAACUAUGCAUUGUAUUUCGGAUCCUUUUGCAUGGAGUUCACUUAUAUAUCGACUGUGCAUUUUAAUGGAUCCUUUAGAACAUAGGGGUUGUUAAUUGGUUAGGGGUUGUUAGUAGUGAACUUGUGAUUGCAGGGCUGAAAACAAACUUUAGAACAUAGGUAGAAAAAAUUUGGAACAUAAGAAAAAAUUAGAACAUAGGUUGAAAUAAUUUAGAACAUGGGCUGAAAAUAAACUCAAUCAAACCUUAUCAUGUUUCUGUUUCAUUUGUCUUUUAAAUUUCUAGUUUACUCAUUCUAUUUUGGGUUUUUCACUCUCUAGCAUGUUCUAAACUAUUUUUCAGCAUAUUCUAAAUUAUUCCUAUGUUCAAAAAUAUAAUAAUAAUGUUGGAAUGUUACUAAUGUUUUUGAUUUCUUAAUGUUGCAGUAAAAUGCAAGGCCAAAAUGAAGAAAAAUCAGAAGAAGGAGUUACUAAUAUACAAGAAGAAGAAAUUACUUAUGUAAGAAAAAGGAAAGUUGAAAACGUUGAAGCGGAAGUAAUUGAUAGAUCGGAAUUUGAGAAGCAUAUUGAAAGUAAAAGUGUUGCUAUAAGACAUAGAAAACUUCCAACAAGGCUUCAACCACCUCGAAAAUUGCAAAAAAAGGAAGGAAGAGAAAAAGAUCAAGAAGAAGGAAAAGAUCAAAAAGAAGAAGAGGGUAAUAAUGUUGAGGAUGAUGACAAGAAUAAUGAUAGUAAAGAUGAUGGUGAGGAUGAUAAUAAGGGUGAUGUAAAGAUGAAAGAGAAAGAUGAAAAAGAGGAGAUGGAAGAUGAUAGUGAGGAGGAACAAAAAAUCAAUAAAAAAAAUCAAACUCAGAAGAAGAAAAGAAAGAUUGAAAAAGAAGAAGAUGGUGAGGAUGUCCAAGUAGUAGAAGCUAAUGAGCAAGAUAAACUAGUUAAGAGGCAACCUUAUCAAAGAGUACCUCCUACUCAAUUCAUGAAGGAUGUGUUGAUAAAUCUUUCGGAAAAACAAAAGCAAGCUAUUCGGAACAUUGGUUUUGGAGGCUUUUUGGAAUUGGAUUUACCAAUCCAUAUUAAUUCUACGUUGACAGAAAACUUGGUUACGAAUUUUGACACGGAGAGAUGUUGUUUGAUGUUACCAAAGAGAAAACAAGAAAUCUUUUUGGAGGCAAUUGAUGUUCAUUUGGCUUAUGGGUUGCCAUUGGGAGGCAAAAGGAUUGAGCAACCAAAUGAUGAGUCAAAUCUGAAAUGGAGCAAGUUUCUAAAAGCUUGGAGAAGCAAGUUUGGCCUCAAAAAAGGAAGUCCAACCAACAAGAGAUUGAUUGACAGAAUUCAAGAAUUGAAGAAGGAAAAAUCAGUUUCUGAUGAAUUUCUUUGGAACUUUGUGGUAUGUGUUGUCAAUUGUUACAUUCGAUCAACAAACAACCCACAACUAUACAUUAAAUUCUUGUAUAGUUGUAUGGAUGUAAAGAAAAUUGCUGAAUUGGAUUGGUGCACAUUUGUGAUUGAGCACUUGAAAGAUUCUGUAAGUGUAUGGAAGAAGGGAAAUUCUUACUUUACAGGUCCUUUACCUUUUCUAAUGGUAUUCUAUUUUGAUCGUCUACAAAGAGGAGGGUUAGAAAAACCAAGAAAAUGUCCACUAAUUUCGGUGUGGACAAAGGAAAGGAUUCAAGUGAGAUAUAAGUUUGAAAAAGAUCAUGGAUUUGGAUAUGGAAAACUCUUGGAAAGAAUGGAAUCAAUUGUGAAGGCACCAAAAGGAAAAAAGAAACAACCAAAACAAAAGGAAAAAGAGAAGAGAAUGGAAAAAUCAUCAAUAGGUUCUAGUUCUACAACUUCUCGAAAUGACAUGAUGGGCUUUUUGAGCAAAUUUGGAGAUUUGGCAAAAACACUUUCCUCGAAUGUUAAAGAGAUGUAUGGCAUGUUAGAACAAGCAAAAGAUCUUUUUGUUGAGGAAGAAACAACAGGAAAAAUGCAACAUCUCAUAGACAACAUAUGGUGCAAGUACACAACAAAGACAUUCGUGAACCAAGAAGAAAAGAAAAGCCCUUCUAUACUCAGCCAAGAUCAACAUGUCUUCGAUGAACCGGCAUUUAUUGAAGAAUUGGAUAUGGUUAUGGAUAAGGCAUGGAAGAAAUUCGAGGAAACAAGGUCACCAAAGUCACCGACAGUUGAUUUGAGAUCAAAGGAAGAGGAAAAAGAUAAGAACAAAGAAGAGAGAAAUGAAGAGAAUAAAGACAAAAACUUGUUGAUUCCCUCACCAGUAGUUGUUAUUUCUAAUGUUCUAAAUUUUUUCCAACUAUUUCUAUGUUGUGUCCUUAUUGUUUCUACUUAUGGUUUGAUGUCCCAGAAAAUCAAGAAGAUAAUGAAGCAGAACUCACUUACGAAGAAGUGA